GGUUCCUGUCUUCUGCAUUAGUGUUAUCUUUAAUGGUGUUUGGAGAACUGUUUUACGUAUUUCAACAAUUAGUGACGUCAUCGUCUGUAGUAGAUUUUGUUGCUAGUUUACAUAUAGCAGGAUAUGACUCAAUGAGCUUUGGAAAACUGUUAACGAUUUGGUACAAACGGGAUGUAUUCAAAAAUCUUCUCAUCGAGCUUGCCGACAUCUGGCCGAUAUCGGAGAAAGAUUUCGAAGCAAAUUCAAUAAAACUGAAAAAGUUAUCACAGCUCCGUAUCACACAGUUUUGGUACGCGUUUUGGAAUUUAUUAGGCCUGUGGCUGUACAAUCUGACACCGAUAGCAAUAUAUAUGUUUCGCAAGAUUCAAGGUUCGCCUGCGGAUUUGGGUCUUAUAUGGCACGUGUCGUAUCCCUUUGAUAAGACUCAGCCCGUAUAUCACGAAGUUGCUUUCAUCUUUGAGACGUAUGGAGGUGUCGUAUCUGUGUGGUCAAUGUUAGGUUCAGAUAUUCUAUUCAUGACUAUGUCAAGCCACAUCAGCAUGUUACUCCGUUUGCUACAACUGAAGAUUAGUCGGCUGUCUUACCAAAAUAGCCGCGAUAAGAACGCCUACGAUGAUAUAGUGGCAGUAGUGAAAAUACACCAGCGACUAAUAAAUUACGGGAAAGAUUUAGAAGAAGCGUUUGCUCUUGUUAAUUUAAUUAACGUCCUCCUCAGCUCUGUCAACAUCUGCUGUGUUGUUUUUAACAUUAGUGCAGGCGUGGCUGAUGCCGUAUAUGAUAGCGCGUGGUACAACAGUGAUGCCCGAUGUAAAAGAAUCCUGAUUAUACUCAUUAAAAGAUACUUACUAGCUCCUAUUCUUAUUUCACUCUACUGUACACCUCAUACAGGAGGAAUUAGAAUUUUUGCAAGCCGUUAGAGCCGAUUU